CAAACACACACACACACUCUAUCUGCGGCAUUGACAUUAUAACUAUUUAGGUCGGAUUUUUUCGGUGUACCGUCGCACGCCGACCGUUUUCGCCAUCAGUGUCCUACCUCUCGCCGUGCAGUACCGCUCGACGAGAUACCUACCGUCGUCCACGUAUUUUUUUUUAUAUCUAUCCUAUAUCCCUCAGACAUUCAAAUCCCGCUCCGCGAAAUGCCGACGAUCCAGGAAAUCGCCGAGACAUCCAAGAUGUUCCCGCCGGUUGCUCCAGAAUUCAAGUCCAAUUACUACCCGAUGGCCGCAGCUGUUGCCGCCGUUUCUGAAGGUAUGUACACCUAUUAUUAUAGUAUAUAUAUAUUAUAAAUCUAACAUCUAUUAUAAAAUAAUCGGUUAAAAACUGAUUAAAUCCGAAAAUUUACGUUGGGACUUAGGAGUUGCAUUAUAGAUAGUUUUGCACAAGAACCACCGAAUACCCGUGUUUGUAUUAUCGCGAUAUAGAAAAUUUCUUAAUAUAUAUAGUUGUCUUACUCUCUAGAAAUAAAACGUCAGAAUAACGAAAAAACUGUACUUUGGAACACGGCUUGGUAGAAUAUGUGUGUACAACUUUAUAAAGAAAUGUCAAUAUAUUUUUUUUUUCUAUACAAUAUACUAUUAUUUAAUAUUCACUAUAACGAUUAUUAGUUAUUACUUAUUAUUAAUAUCCAUCAAAUGUGUUAAAAACUUUUUAUACCUUUAUAAUAUAUAACAUUGUACGUAAUAAUGAAUUGGUAUUUUCCAUUUUGCAUUUCAACUAGAAAAUACCUUAAUUAAAAAUAAUAUACAAAUAAAAGCAUUUCAUUGUGAAAAUAAUACCGUCUCAGCUACACAUUAAACACUGUAGGUGAAAUUAUUUUAAUUUGAAAUUUAAAAAUAAAACUUUUUUUUUUAAUAUUUAAAAAUUUAAAGUAUCAAUGUAGUUAAUGAAGAUAAACUUAUUAACAAUUAAUGUAACAAAUUAUCCCCAAUAGUUGCUAUUUAUGCAGCUAUAAUAAAAUAAUUUUUGAACACUUUUAUACAGUACAAAGUGUAUAAAACCAAAUAGUUUUGUACUGUAUGUUUUAUGCGCACGUAUAAUAUACGUGUGCACUGUGUAUACGUUACUAUAUUAUGUUUCAACCCUGCUUUAAACAUCGAAAAGAAUGUUACAUUAUAUCCAUAAAUAUUGGAGUGGAAGGGAAAUAUAUUUUUCAAGGAAUUCCGUAGGUUGUACGAUUUCGUCGGAACAACCGUACGACGGACGAGAUAAGGAACGGUUCGACUUAUUAUUAAAUAACGUUGGGUUUUUAUCGAGAAGACAAUAUUUGUCAAGUAGAUUUGUACCGGGUAUCAUACUCAGAUUUUAUAACACAAUAGUCGAUUCGGGUAAUUGAACAUAGGUAGGUAUUAUUUUUUAGCGAUGCAAAUUUUCCCACCAAUAAACUAAGAAAUGCAGUGAUGAGAGGAGAGAGAAAAUAGAGAAAUAAAAACUACAAUCCAUAAACAAAAUAUGUUUAUUUCUUUUUAAAAUCGUUUUUUACAUUACGCAAAUAAACGGCGUGCUUAUUUUUAAUUUUAGAAAAACGCGAAUAAUAAAAACAAUGAUUACUCGUUUAUAAGAACCACUAAAAAAAAUUGAAUUGCUCGGUAUUCAAUUUAUAUUUUACGGUAGGUAUUGAGUUUGGCUUUACGCACGGAACUUCACCAAAAGUGACCAUCGGAAAUUCGCCCUCCAAAUAACCUUUGUGUCAAUUAUCACGUUUACGUUUAAUUACUACCGUAAUAACUAAAUCUAUAAACUGUAUAUUUAAAAAUCGGCUGUCGAAACAUUAAUUGAUUUAACUUUACUUAUGAACAAUUCUUGAAUUUUAAAUUCUGAAUAUAUAAAUGUUAUAGCAAAGAAUUUAUUGAUUUUACAAUAAUGUUUGUUAUAGAUUCUGAGUGUAACGAAGAAUGUAUUGGUUUUACUAAGAUGUUUAUUUUAUUUUUAUUUUUUUAACCUAUGUACAAAAAUUCGGCACCAUUAUUGAAAGGGAAUGUUGUCUAAAUGGUACUUUUGAAAGAUCAUUUUUUGAUUUUUCAAGCAAUUCUCAUAAUACUUGGAAAAGACCUGGAUAAAACGUAAAAAAACGGGAAAUGUAUGAAAUUAAUAUUUUUAUUAUUUUAUCAAUUUUGUUAUUUGUAAUUCACUUAAAAAUAUUCUCACAGACUUGAAGUAUAACAGAGAUGCAUGAACAUUUUACAAAAGGUUCAUCAAAUCUUACAUUGUAGUAAAAAAAAUAAAAAUUUAGCUUGAUGUAGUAUUUGUUUUUGUAAAGGAAUUGUGAUAUAAUUAAUUUUGACAAAAAUUGUUUGAGUAAAAAAUUAUGUGGAACAAAUCUAAUUUUUCAAUUAGAUUUUUCGAACAUAUAUGUGUUGCCGAUUUUAAGAAGGAUAGUAAGAAUUGAGUGGCCUGACUAUGUUUCGAAAUUAUAGCUUUUUGAAGUUCAGAUAUUAUGCAGAUAUUACAUGAACAUGUUAAAUAGCUCUAUAUUCUCAACUUUAUUAUACGUUUUUUAUAGUCCAAUGGUCAUGAGUACAAAUUGCCAAACUAAGGUACGCGGGUUCAACUCGGGGUUCGAAAAGAAAUGUUUGUUCUUUUUUUACCUUUUACCUAAAUAGAGAAAAAACAAAUGCAUUUUAAGUGUACUUCGAGGCCCAGCUGACACUAGCUCAGACAAUUUUAAUUGAAAAAUACCCCUCGAUUUGUUCUGCAAAUUUUUUACCAGAAAUCUUGCUCCAAUGUAUCAAGUGUGGUUUAUUUUCUGAAGGGAAAUUUUACUUUCAUGGUUUGGGUAGGUCAUUUAUGUGAUUUAUCAAUCGGUUUUCAUAAUAACUGGGGAAAACCGGGAUAAAGUGUCGGAAAAACGAAAAAUGUACUAAAUGUAGGUAUUAGUAAAAAAAUAUUAUGGCCUUUUUUUCUGUGUACAACUUUUCUACCAGCAAUUUCGCUCCGAUUUACAAUAAUAACAAUUUUUCUGAAAGUAAAUCUAACUUGAAAGGCUAUUUAAGAAGGUCAUUUUUCGAUUUUGCUAAGAGUUUUCUUAGCAAAUGUGAUAAUCAAGAAAGAAACACGGAAAAAUCGAUAUAAUAUUAAACAAAUAUUAAAGAAAAUAUAUAAUGCCUAUUUAAUUAUUUUAUUAUAAUAUGACUUAUAUACUUUUGACAAAGCAUCACUAUCAACUGAACUAUGCCCAGAAUCGUUUUUUCGUUAGCAAUGGUUUAUCGUUGCUUACAGAUAUACAUUAAAUUACUUAUAACAGUGGCUGCACCCGAUUCCAUUAUCCUAGGAGUUUUUUUUAAAUUUUUAAACUGUGACAAAAAUGUUUACCAAAAAUUUUGCUUCGGUCUGUGUGGUGUAAUUUCGGAAAGGAAAUAUUUUCUAGAUGGUACUCAAGGAGGCAAAUUUGUUAAUUUUCCGAGGGGUUUUCUUUAUAUCUAGAAAAACCCGGGAUAAAAGCGAUAAAAGCGGGAAAUAUACAAAAUCAAUGAUUUUUAUUUUAUUUUGUUUUAAUUUUUAGCCAUUUUUGAGCUAUUUGUAGAUAUUUUAUUUGAAUUUUGUGUCAUUUAAAUUUGGUACUAUGUGGAUAAAAUUGUUAAAACUGAACAGAAAUGCUUGAAAAUUGAAUAGGAUGUUAAUUAUUAGUAGUCAUCUAUUGUCAAACAAAAAAAAAAUUCAAUUUAGUUAAAGUAUAUUUUUCUUAUUAGAAUUUUAAUAUCAAAUUUUGACAAAAAUCGUUUGAGUAAAAAAUUAUGUAGGAGAAAUCUAGUUACUGGUACAUAGAAUUUUACAUAAAAAUGUUUUCAAUAUAAUAUAUAUAUAUAUAUAUAUUUAUGUUACUAUAAUAUGACAUUUUCAAAAAAUCGUGAAAAUAAAAGACUCAAAAAAAGUUUCAACCACCAAACAUUUUCUAAACAUCUAUUUUACAAAAUGGCUGUUUUGGACUUUUAAAAAAACAUAUAUACAAUUUUAAAUUUACAUUUUAUGUUAAAGAAAUUGUUAUAUUUAAAUUGUAGCACAGAAGCAUACUAAUUAUUUUUUUAAAAAUAUAUCAAAAAUAUUGAAUUGAACAAAAGUUAUUUCAAGUAGCAGAUCAUCGUAGGAUACACUGCAAAUUGUUGAAAAAGCAAUACUAUAAACCAAGCUCCGCUCUGAAUCGUUUUUCGUUAGCAUUGAUUAAUUUUUGCUUACAGAUAUAUAUUAAAGUCCUUUAGGUGAUCCAUUUAAGUGGAUAUACUCAUUAUCUCGGAAAGUAUUAAGUAACCUUUUUCGGAAUUUGUUUUCUAGAACAUUUAAGAAACAAGCAGCUUUAAAAUUUUAUAUUUUUGUUAUUUUUUGCCACCCUUAUUUUUGGGAGUAAAACCACUGUCUACUUUUGAUUUUCAAAUGCAAACCUGUAUUAAAAAGUCCAUAAAUAAAUAGAGUUAUAAUUAAAAUAAAUUUUAUCUUUGACAUUUUUGUUUUCCGGCGAGCCGUUGACGAGAUAAUCCACUUUUAUGUUUGGGUUUGAGGAGAGCGGUGGUGCAUUAUUAAUACGCCGCGUGCGAGCCACCACAUAAAUUGAUGCUCUACGUGAAGUAAACUUGAAAAAACAAAAAUAAUAAAUAACCGAAUGUUUAUAAACCAAUAACUUCAAUUAUAUUUACGUGAACAAAAAAAUGAUCAUGUUACGAUACAGAUAAAUGUGUUGGACAAUUUUGAUCACUAUUAUAAAUACACAUAGAGUAAUUUAGGUGAAACGGUUUUUUGUAAAAACUUUUGUUUUUUUUUAGUGAUUAUAACACGGGGACUACUUGUAUAUUAUGUAACAAAUUUGAUAAUUUUUGUGUUACUAAACGUCGUAGCUUCGCAGGUAUGUACCUGUUUUAUAACUCGCGGUGAAUUAUGAAUCAAUGAUUUAAAUGAAGAUAAAAAUGAGUUAAUCAUUCUCGGUUACUGAAUCUGAAUCAAUUUGUUCGUUUGAGUGAUUUUGAUCAAGUUGUUCACGAACGACUUAUUGUCAGAAUGAGAUAAAAUACCUCAAUUUCAAUUAUAUUGUGUGCACAUGUUUUUUGAAUUUUAAGUUGUUUUUAAGUGCACAUAUUUAUUUAAUAAUGAGUCAAUUAAAAUUUGUUGAUUCAAAUCGAGGAAAAGCUGCGGCCAUUUUCUAAAUAUUUGUUUAUACUGAAAGAAAAACUCUGAACAAUUGUAUAGUUACAUUUAUGUGUGGACAACACAUACAUCUCCAAUUGACGGUUUCGGAGGUUGAAAAACACAAAGUCAAAUUAAAAUUAAAAUGUGUCAUUUUUGGAAAUAACCGAUUUAAUUAAAUACACGAGAUUUUCAGAUUUUCCCUUUUAGAUUUUCAAAAACUCACACUGCCCUCUUUCCUAAUAAAUUGAAAAAAAAUUAUAGUUUAGAUUUUAUAAUCAGCCAUUUAAUUAAAGUGAAAAAUAAAUAUUGUCUUAAUAUUUUGUGCUCGGACAUUUUAUUAUAAUUACGAAUAAGUAAAACUAACGUAUAACUGAUAUAAGCACACUAAAUUAUAACUUCAUGUAGGUACCAAAUGAAGCUCUUUGGCAAUUUUACUGUACUCAUCUUUCAAUGUAGAAAGUAUGACAUUUUUAUAAAUUAUAAUUAAUAAUUUAAUUAAAUUAAUUUUUUAAAUUAAAUAUUUUAUUCUGUAUACUUAGGUAAUGGAAACGUUGAAAGAAAUACAGUCAGAGAUAUAUGUUAAAAUUAAAGAUAUUUCUAGUGGUAUCCAUCAUUGACAACGUCCUUAUGAACGUUAACAAAUUGAAUAUACUCAAAACCAUUGUCUCAAGUAUACCACCGGUGAAAUAAACAGGUUCUAUUUUGUAAAAAUUAUGGGGCAUUAUAAUAUACCAACUAUAAAUGUACCAUAAUAUUAUUUUUAGUGCUUAAUUUACUUAUUUAUUUAAUUAAUUCAUUUUUACUCAAAUAGUCAAAUCAAAUGAACUUUAAAUAUUUAUUUAACAAAAACUUGUCCCUAUAUGUUAUUUUACAUCCUUCUAUUGUUCGGUAUGUUGAUGCACAUAUGAUGUAUGAUUUUUUCAUGCAGGUAAACACACAAUAUGCAAAAGAUAAUCAGUAGUUGAUGGGCAAACGAUGAACGAUAUUUUAGCACAGGUAAACAGACGAUGCGCAAAUGCUUUAGACCCUCCCGCAGUGCCGUUCUGUGGCAAUAAGUAGAGUGACGUUUUUCGGUUUACUAUAAUAAUAUAGUUGAUCUCGCACGUGUGCCAAAUAAUAAUAAUUGGCACGCUACCUGUUUUGACGACCUCUGAAGAAUACCUUGAAAAAAAAUACGUAUACAGUCUUAUAUUUGAACUCGACGUAGAUACAUCUAUAAUGAUAAUACAAUUAAUAUACACACAAGUGGAUCAAAAAAAUUGUUUGGGUGGUCGAAUUGUUUUUUUUAUAUGACUGCUGCAGGUGGUCGACAGUCGCUAACUACUCGUUUUGCCAAGGAGUACUGUAUACCAAGUGAUCCAUUUAUAAGUGGGUACACUUAUUAUCUCAAAAAGUAUUACAUUUUUUCGGAAUUUGUUUUCUAGAACAUUUAAAAAACAAGCAGCUCUACAAUUUUAUAUCUAUGUUAUUUUUUGUCACCUUUAUUUUUGGGGGUGAAACGACUACCUACUUUUGAUUUUCAAAUAGCAACCUAUAUUAAAAAUAUCAUAAGUUGAUGGAGUAUUAGUUAAAGUAAAUCUGAGUGUUGACAUUUUUGAUUUUCGUCGAGCCGUUGACGAAAUAUUCCACUUUUAAGUUUUGGUUGGAGGAGAGUAAUGAUGCAUUGUUUUAAUACGCCGCGAGCCGUACCGCUACACAAAUGAUACUCCACUACUUUCCUACAAUCUAAACUUAAAAAGUGGAGUAUCUCGUCAACGGAUCUACGGAAAUCAACACCCAGAUUUAUUUUAACUAAUACUCCAUCUAUUUAUGAGGUGAGCACACUUAGUGAUUCAUCCUGUAUAUGUAUUAUUUUUUAAUUUGUAAAACUGUUUGUUGCCGCUUGAUUUGUGAAUGAGACGAACAUUCUCAAAUAAUUUUAAACUAAACCCACUUUUAAUUUUUUAACCACAUUAUAUGAAAAUGUACAAUAUUGGUGUAGUAAAGGUCACUAUAUUAUAGUUGGUAUACAAACUAACUACGCAUUUAUUUAAUAUUAUAUUAAGUCCUGAUAAUCGAGUUAAGUGAAUUAUUAUUUUACCUAAAAACAUACCUACUAUAUUAAAGUCAUUUUUUUUUGUACAUUUUACUCUAAUAUAAAAUUGUAGUUAUUACAUUUUCCCUCUUGUGUAUAAUUAGCAUAGGUAAUUUAAACGGACGUUACAUGAACAAUAAAAUAUUUUUAAAGGAGAGUCAAAAGGGAGUAAAAAUUAUUUUAUAAUUAUAAUGGUUAUUAUUUUUUUUAGAAUUGAGAGAAAAAAGUUUAAUUGAAAAUUAUUUGAAAAAUAUAUUAUUUAAAUGUACGCAUAUUUAUUAAUUAAACCGUGAAGAAAACUUACACCACUUACCUUAAACUAACCACGUUUAAUUUUGAUCGCGGAUUGGUUUUACCUCAUAUAAGAAAAAAAAUAUAAUGUGCAAAACACGUUCAGAUAUAUUGUAGAGAAAAAUAAGAAAUUUCGUUGUGCGCGAAUCCGGAUAUCGUAUUUCUUAUAUCCUUUGCCCGGAUUUGCACAGAUAAACGCGUGCUUGUCCUUUGAUUUUAAAUCAACACAACAGCAAAAACUAUUGAUUGUUUUUUUUUUUUUUUUUAUCGAUUUUUUUUAUUAUUUCGCGUAACGCGUUAUUAUUUCCGAAUAAUGGUGUUGUUGUAGUGGCGCGUAUAAUGUAUAAUAAUUUGAUUGAAUGUUAUUAUAGCUUCCAUAAUAAUAUACAUAUAAUUUAUAAGCUUAUAGCGAAUCAAGCGAGUCGAAUUAGUUAAAAAUGUAUGUGAUGUUUUUAAUCCGCCGAUGAAAAUGUUGUUUUGUAUAAAAAUAAAAAAACUUGAAAAACUAAAACCCAGCGUCACAGUCAGUACACCUGUAAUAAAUUUAAAAUACGUUAACUCACAUACUGCACACAAAUUACGUUACUUUAAGCAUUUCGUAUACAAUCGUGUUUUGUUAAAUGUGUUUAUUAUUUUUUUUCCAAUUUUUGAUACAUUUUUCCGGUAAAUUAAUAUUUGCACUGUAUUAUGUUUUAAACACUUUUAAACUGAUAUAGUAUAGAAGGGCCUUUGGACCCAGUACAAAGUUCAAACUAUGAAAUAAAAGUUAUACUCAUAUGAGCAUUGAAUUGAUAUAUAAGUUGGGUUGAAUUACACCAUGUUAUUAUGAGGGGGUUAGUUUUAUUUAUAUUAGCUUUCACACCAUAAUUAAUCCCUUAAAAGAAGCCAGAGAGAUGACAAUUUGUUAGUUCAAGGUGUUAGUAUUGAAAUGACGUGCUUUUUAAGAAAUUAAACAUUCAACUUCACACCUACCAUUUUAUAAUCAAAUUUCACUGUUUUUUGGAAGUAUUAUUAGAUAAUAUAUUAGAUAAUAAGUAGUCUGGUGAUAUGUACUUGUUGACAUCACAGGGGUUGCAAGUUAAAACCAGAGUUCCGAAAACAUUUUUUCGCGAUACUACUUUGGGUAUAUAACAGAAAAAAAACAAAUUAAUUUCGUUUCAAAAAAUAUAAUUUAGUAAUGUAGGUUUUUUUUUUAAAAUUUUAAAAUCAAAUUUUGACAAAAAUCGUAAAUAAUACGGCCUUUCAAAUUAUGUCUAACCGAACUUCGCUCUAAAUCGUUUUUCGUUAUUAAUGGUCUAUCAUUGGUUACAAAUGUAAAUUAAAUAACUUUGUGUAUCCCACCUUCCUUACUUUCCUCCACCUAUAAAAGUGGCUACACCCGUCCCCAGUAUUGGCUCUUUUUUUUUUUUUAAUUAACUUCUAUGAGCUUAAUAUUAUUUAACAAUAAUGUUACCCCUAAUACCUACAAUUAGUUUUUAAGGUGUAAAUUGAGUUUUAACAUUGUUUUCAAAAAACAAUAAUACAUAGAAUACAAAUAUAUUUACACCGAAUGGUUUUGAUUUUGGAGAAUAAAAUAUUUUACCCUCUAGUUUUUACCCAGAUACACUACUGAUUGGGUCACAGUACAUCAAAAUAUUAUUAUAUUGUAUAUAAUAUAGGUAUGUACAUACAAUUCAUUAAAUAUUUGCCAACUAUAAGUAUACUGAAUUUUUCUGAAUUAAAUAACUUAAUCAAAAAGAAAGAAAAGCCCGUAAUCAGAAACCAACAAAAAGUAAUGAUACAAAUAUAAUGUUAUUAUAUGGGAUUUAAAAUUGUACAGAAAAACUAUUGAAAAUUCGAGAAAAAUUCGGAUGUUUUGAUGUGCGCCAUGAAAAAAAUCUUUUACUAACCGAAAAAAAAAUAUGUAUUUUUAAACUACUUAUAUAACGUUUUUAAUAUACCUUAAUCUAAAAUUACGCCUUUAUAACGAUGAUCAGUAUUACAUAUAAUUAUACUAAAAUUAGUAUUAUUUGUUUAAAGACAGUUGUGCAUUCGGAUCGACCAAAUACUUUUUACUCUGCGGACUCGGUGGUUUCGUAUCAUGUGGUGUGACCCAUUGUAUGGUCACUCCGUUAGAUUUGGUCAAAUGCCGUUUACAAGUUGACCAAGCCAAAUACAAGAAUGUUAUACAAGGUUUUAAAGUGAGUAUGUGAACACCAAUUGCAAUUGCAAUAUUAGCUGUAUCACACGGUCCGUAAGGAUUUUUUUUAAAUUUUUAAAUUUUUAUCACUUACCGUAUAUAUGAAAAUGUACAAAUGAACUUGAUGUUUCUUCUAUCACAGUAUUAUGUAACUAUAUCUUUUAAGGAUACUUGAUAUUUUUACUGUUUUUAAAAUUUUUUCGCUAUUCCGUACUUUGCGAGUAAAUAAUUACUGUUUGAGUCUGAGAUUAAAAAAGAGAAUCGAUAUAUAGAUAUGCUUAUGAUAUGCUUAUAGAUAUACAAUGCACUUAAUAAAUGUUUAUUGUUUGAAUUUGACAACGGAAUUUCGAAAAUUAAAAAAUAGAUAAUAAUUAAAUAUAGUAAAUAAAUAAAUAAAUAUUUAUAUAUAAAAAUAAAAAAAAUUAAUUAAUAAACGUUUCACCUGGAGUAUUAUGAUAAGUAUAUUAUAAGACCGGGUUCGAAUUGAAAAUUCAUCAACAUGUAUAUCACAGUCAGGGGCUUACCUAGCGGGAGGGGGUAGGGAGGUCAUAAUACCCCCUUAAUAAUUGUUUUUUUAACUUUUCAAUUAGCCAUUUUACAUUUAUCAAAAACUAAAUAACUGUACAUAAUGGCCAACUGAUAAUUUGUAUAGGAUUGUGAUAGUGAUGUUGAUUAGAAUUACCUAUUAUUGGAAAAAUAAAUUGUAAACUGUAAUCAGUUGGUCAGUAAUAAUAAGAGGGAUAUACAGUGGUGAGGAAGAUUAUAAAUCCUAAUGUUAAUUGUAACCGAUACUAUACAUAGCCAACCGAACGUGGUUACUAGUUAACUUGAUGUCUUCUACCUAAAUUUCCCUAUUUUACCUCCUUAGGGGUUGAAUUUUCAAAAAUAUCCUUAAUUAGCGGAUGCUUACGUCAUAAUAACUAUCUGUGCCAAAUUUCGGACCUAUCCGUCGAGUGGUUUGGGCUAGGCGAUGAUGAAUCAGUCAGUCAGGACAUGUUAUUUUUUAUAUACGUAUAGAUAAUAAAUCAUACUUCGUAAUAUUAAUAGUAAUAUUUAAUUAUUUAUUUUGUCUAAUUUGAUAAUUUGAAAAUUACUUUACCAUUGGCCAUUGAUUACCAAUCUAUUAUGCCGCUUAUCGUGUACAACACCUAUAACCGUUGGGCUGCACUCGAAUUGCAUACCACCUCUUAUAGAGGUCUGUCCGAAUUGCGUGCCGUGUAUAAUUAAUAAUAAUAAAAUAAAUAAUAACAAUAAAAAUAAAGUGGCAUUUUCCCUAUCACUUUUACAGACUUAGGACUGAUAGUAGAAAUUAAUUAUUGUUAAACUAGUGUGGUUAAAAAUGUUUUAUUUUUUAAAUUUAAAAAUAUUGUUAAUUAUUUUGAUGUUAUUUUACUUUUUUAAAAUAUUUAUACGUAUAAUAUCGUCAAUAUAUUAAAAUCUAAUGUCUUAUGUACCUAUUUAUUAUGUGUCAUGUGUUAUGAUGUUAUAUUUAUUUUGUUUUAGGCAAGAAAAGUUAUCAUAUAUGGCGAUAUAUGAUAACUUUUCUAUAUACAUUUUUUUAUUAAUCCCUUUUUUUUUGAAAUUGCGUUAUCACUGAACUUAUAAAUUAUUAUUUUUCUAAUAUGUCUCGACAACUUUUAUUUAAAUUGGAAGAAUGUAUUUUUACAUAUAUAUCACAUUGUACUUGCUUUAAGACAUCGACUAGUUGAAAUAUAUUAAAACUUGGAGAGUAAAACAUACUAUCCAGUUUGGAAUGGAAUAGAUUCACAAACAUUGAUUGUACGCAUAGUAGAAUUAGAAAAUUCAGCCCAAAUAGAUGGCGGAAAUAAACUGUUGGCCAUUACAUAAGUUUCUAUGAAAUAAUCACAUAACGCAUGUAUGCAUGAUCAUCGUUGGGUUGAAUUGCCAUCAGGUCGUUUGUAAAAUAGUCAUCUACAUCAUUUGGAUUUAAGAAUGACAGUCCAAAAAAUAAUUUUAAAAACAUUCCUAUUUCUGUUUUCUUUUUAAAAUAUGUACAUAAAUCUACUGAUUGGAUUUUCCUCCAUAUACUCUGUCCUAAGUGAAAACGACAUCCUUUUCUUAUUGCAUUUGGAAAAACAACUAUCAGUGCAAAAUGAAUAGCUAGUUCAAAGUCAGCGUAUAUUUUUUUUGACGAUAAAUUUAAGCUCAAAUCGUUCAUCUUUAUUAAUAAAUUAGUCAAAGCAUCUACAAAAAUUUCUUUUGUUUUGCCCAUUAGUAAAAAAAAAAUUAGUGAAGUAUAGUUAUGAUUUCUAACACCGUGGAUUGUGAAUAAUCGGUAAAACAUUUUAGGACAACUUUUAAAUGUACCGUCAACAAAAGAAAUUUCACAUUCACUUAAAUAUUUUUAAUUUGAUUGUGUUGUAAAAGCUACAAUAUUUUUUUCAUAGUUAUUAAUAAAUAAAAAUCCUUCGUCUCGAUUAGUUUUGAUGUUCAAAUUAUCUAAAGCUGUAUGUAAAUCAAUCAUAGUACCUGGCAGAUUGGGAUAAAUGCUUAAUCGGAUGUAAUGUAAAUUGUUUCGAACACGUUUAGUGUCAUUUGUGGUCUACGUGCUAAUAUAUCCCUUUAAUAGUUCACUAUGUAGUAUUUUACUAGGUUUUUCAAAAGGCUAAAGCUCUAAAGAUCGUCUUAAGCUUUACGUUUUAAAUUAUUACAUACCUAUUGUCUGUUUAAUUUUUUUUGUCAUCUUUGUUAUGAUUAUGAUCCACAUUUCUGAAUAUAACUUCAUGUUCACUGUUUAAUUUGAUGUAAACCUUACACGAUCGUUUACUGCAAUCUCACCUUUCAAUCAUUUCAAUCAUUACAUUAUAAUUUUUGAAAAUAAAAUUUAAAAUCAUCUAUUAGAACUAGCUUUUUGAUUCUUUCACUGAGCAUAAUAUUUUCAACUAAUGGUUCCAUGUUAACAUGUUCCAAUGAGUACUAAUAUUAUGAAACUUAGAAAACCUCGAUAAGAAAUGGCAUACAAUUCGGACGUUUACAUUUAUUAUUUUGGCAUGCAACCUAACCACUGAACAAUUUUGUAGAUAUAGUGUCCAAUAGUUAAUAUAUUAUAUUCAGGGGCGUAUCGAGGAGGUUUUUUUUUUAGUGGUACACACAAUUAGCUAUUGCUAUUUUACUAUGAAAACAUAUUACUGUGCCAUUUUAAAAAUAAAUAUUUUAUUAUAAUAAAUUGUAAUUGUAUACCUGAAGAUUGAAAAUCAAUAAUAUUUAAAAUUAUUCCUACAGGACCUAGCGUCAUCUAUAAGGGCAUAAAAUUAUAUAUUUUAUUAUUAAGUAUUUAUUAUUUUAUUGCACAUUUUUAUAUAAUUAAUGGUAAUGGAUAUAAUUAAAAUGUAUUAGUAUUAUAGCUUGAAUUUUUAAUUUACUUAUAUAAUUAAAACAUUUUAAUAAUAUAACGAUGAAAUGGUUCCGACAAAAUAACAAAUACAAGUUAUCCCGGAUCAAUUUUUAGAGUUGACCAAAUUACUAACUUUAGCCUCCCAAUAAAAAACUUCUCGGUAUGCCUCUGAUCAAAGUCCACAAUUAAAAUGCUACUGAAUAUAAACAAUUAAAUGAUGGAAUAUACAGAAAAAAAAGGCGUCCUAGGAUAAUGGAGACGGGUGCAGCCACUGUUAUAGGUAAUUUAAUUUAUAUCUGUAAGCAUAAACCAUUGCUAACGAAAAAACGAUUUUGAGCGCAGUUCAGUUGAUAGUGAUACUUUGUCAUCAAAAUAUAUGUCAUAUUAUGGUAAAAUAAUUAAAUAGGCAUUAUAUAUUUUUUUUAAAAAUAUUUAUUUAUUAUUGUACCAAUUUUCCCGGUUUUCGUAUGUUUUUUCCAGUUUUUCACAUUUGCUGACUUUUGGCAAAAUCGAAAAAUGACCUUCCCAGUCAAAUUUACUUUCAGAAAAAUUGCUAUCAUUUUUUAAUGAAUUAUAAAUUUCUGCGAAAUUGCUGGUAGAAAAGUUGUACACGGAAAGAAAUGGCCAUAAUAUUUUUUUAUUACUAUGUACAUUUUGUACAUUUUCCAUUUUCCGAAUUUUAUCCAGGUUUUUUCCAGAUAUUAUGGAAACCGCUUAAAAAUCAAAACAUUUUCUCCCUUAACUACCAUGGAGAUAAUAUUUUCUUUUAGGAAAUAACCUACACUUGAUAUAUCAGAGCAAGAUUUCCGGUAUAAAAGUGUGCACAACAAAUCGAGGGGUAUUUUGCUAAUAAAAUAGUCCGAGGGAGCAAUUGCUUGGGUCUCUAAGUACAUCCAAAAUGCAUUUGUGCAAAUGUAAAUUUUUUUUGUACACAGUAUAAAAAAAAAAAAAAAUAUUAUCUUAGUAAAACCAAUACAUUCUUCACUACACUCACAAUCUAAAAUUAUACGAAUUGGUCGUUUUACAUAGAAAUAAUUUAUAAUAUAAAUCAUUUGGUUAAUAUUUAUUAUCUAAAAUGUAUUGAUAUAAGAUAUUAUUAUUAAUAUUACUUUACGAGUAUUAACUAUUUUAAUAAUUUUGUUUUUACUUUAUUAUUUUAUUAAACAAUAAUUAUUAGGAUAAGAUAUACAAAGUAGUGAUAAAAAUUGAACAUAGUUCAAUUAAACUCUACAGUACAUGACUGCGACUGCAAUAACUGAAAAAAUAUCGGCUGUGAUAUCAAAUUCACUUAAAAUCUUUGCGUUUAGAUAAAUUAUUAACUAUAUCGACAAACAUAUAAGUGUACAGUUAUAAAAUAAUAAUAAUAAUUAAGAACUAUAUGGCAUGUGUUUUAGAUAACGUUUAAAGAAGAUGGCAGCAAAGGUUUAGUCAAAGGAUGGGCACCGACUUUCUUAGGGUAUGCCGCUCAGGUGAGUGUAAAACCCAACAUAACCCGCAGUGGUAGCGAAAUAUUCUUAUAUUUUUUUUAAUUGACAUUUUUCAGCCCUCCAGUGAUUUGUUUUUGUUUUCGCACUCUCUUAAAAAAUAUAUCUAACACUUUAAAAUUGUACAGUUAUUCUUGUUAAAUCAGAGCCGCUUCCACCAUAUUCUUCAGUAUCCAUUUAGUUGUGUGUCUGAUUAAAAGCCAUGCACAUUUAUUUUUUUAGGGUAUGUGCAAAUUCGGUCUAUACGAAGUAUUUAAAGUAAAAUAUUCGGAAAUGCUUGGCGAAGAGAACUCGUACGUUUAUAGGACGGCACUGUACUUGGCCGCGUCUGCGUCCGCUGAAUUUUUCGCCGAUAUUGCUCUCAGCCCGAUGGAAGCCGCCAAAGUAAGUUAUGCACAAAAUAGUAUUAAUAACUUCCACAGAAAGUUGUUGUAUGGUGAAAAUAAACUCAAGUUACAUUUUUUUUCACGGGAAAAACCAUUUUAUUAUAACAAUUUAUUAUGAUUAGCUAUUAUUAAUUAUUAGAGCCCGGAUUUAUAUGCAUUUGCAUGUUUGUACUAAGUGUAUGCACGUCUAUGGGGGUUUAAAAUGUCCACGGAUCAUAUCACACCGAAUUUAAACUCCAAAUUUUAUAUUGCAUAUUUUGCAUAUUUCGGGUUAUUGCAUAUUUGUUCAUAAAUGCAUAUAACAUGAAUAUUUAAUGGGUUUUUAAUAAAUUAACUAUUAAUAAACAAACACUCGCGUCUCAGCUUAUUAUGUCGAUAUCAUUCUAUAAAUAAUCACAUUGUGUUUUCGCGUAGCAUUAUGUAAGCUAUAUUUAUAAAUCUUAUUUAGUUACCUUAUUUAAUUAGACCGGUACCUAAUAAUAGCCACCACCCGGCACGAUGGCAAUUAAUUAAUAUUUAAUACGCAGUCAUCGACCAUCGUUCGUUGUAUAUGCGUUUGUCCGCGGUAGUGUUUGUUUAGCCCGUUUGAAAAAAAAAGACAAAAUGCCAAAAACUAAGUCUAAUUUGGGUUCAUCCAUAACUCGAUGGGUUGAGCCUUACAAUCGCGACAAAACUGUGUUUACCACUAGUGGAUUAGUAGUUUAUUGUCAAGUUUGUGAUCGUCAGGUGCGUUGUAACAAAAAAUUUCAAAUAACGUGACAUGUAACUACCGAGUUUCAUUUGAAAUGUUUGAAAAAAAGUUCUAACAACAGUAAACAAAUGUUGUUGGGAGAUGAAACCAAACCAAAAACAUCAAGUUUUAAUGAAGAUCUGUGUUUGAGCCUCGUAGCUGCAAAUAUACCUUGGUUUAAACUACAAAAUCCAGUCUUCCGCGAUUUUUUACAAAAUUAUACAAAAAAACACAUUCCUGAUGAAANCAAACCAUUUUUAAUUUCAUGUAAAAAAUUAGAUAAAACUAAUCAUUCGACGAUUCUCGCUUUGUAAAUGACAGCCUAAGAAUAUUGUGGCCUCAUGGUGGGAAUGAUGAAAAAGUAUUACUUUUAUGUUCCGAUGCAGCGCCAUAUAUGAUCAAAGCUGGUAAAACACUAAACGUAUUUUUUCCUAAUAUGAUACACAUUUCAUGUCUUGCUCACAUGAUCCAACGUCUAGCAGAAAAAGUUAGAGAAAUGUACCCCAAUGUAAAUACUUUGGUAAGUAAUUUCAAAAAAGUAUUUCUUAAAGCACCUCAGAGAGUAGAUGUAUACAAAGAAAUAAUGCCCAGUGUGCCCUUGCCGCCAGAACCAGUACUAACCAGAUGGGGGACAUGGGUUGAAGCAGCUAAUUUUUGUGCAGAUCAUUUUGAUAAUCUUAAAAUAAUUUUACAAAAACUAGAAGAUAAAAAUGUUGUUAGUAUACAAAAAUGUAUUAAUAUGCUAAGUCUGGAAUCUGUUAAAAGUGACCUUACAUUUAUUCAAUCUCAUUUUUUUAUACUAGUAAAAAGUAUAAAAAAUUUGGAACAUUCUAGUUUAACUUUGUCUGAUUCUACUCAAAUUGUAAAUAAUGUUAUUUUGGCGAUGGAAAAAGUACCAGGACAAAAAGGAAAAAUAAUUCAAGAAAAAUUGUUUUAUUUAAUUGAAAAAAAUGUUGGAUUCCAAACCGCGAAGCAGAUAACAGCAAUUUUGUCAGGGAAAGAAAACAGUAUCAUGCCACCAAACUUAACUCCUUCUAUGUGUUCAUGUAUGAAGUUUGCACCUAUAACUUCGGUGGAUGUUGAAAGGUCGUUUAGUACAUAUAAAUCAAUUCUAACUGAAAAAAGAACUUCAAUGACACCAGAAAAUAUGGAAAAAUAUAUUAUUGUCCGUUGUUAUGAAAAUUAUUAAAAGAACCUAUUUUAAUAUUUUAAUUAUAUUGUUCUGAAGUUUUAAAAUGUAUACCUAUUAUUAUUUAUUAAUUUUUAAAAAUAUUUGUAUUUUUUUUUAAGUUUUCUAUUAUUUUUUAGAGUAAUUUCAAUUGAUUUAUUAUAUAGCAGUGGAUAUUUUUUUUUUUUUUGUUUUUGAUAAAAUACACAGAAUUUUCUUUGGUGUAAAAAUGUGUUUUUUUAAAAAUAAACUCAUUUUAUAAAGUUUAACAUAAUGCAUACAAUUGCAUUUUUAGCCACUUUUCCUUUGCAUAUUUGCAUCAUAUUUGACACUUUUUAAAUGCAUAUAAAUCCGGGAUCUAUUAAUUAUACAUAUAACAAUAUUAUAAUUAUUAUUAUUGUCAAUAUUAUUAAAACCAUUGUGUACAAAAAUGACUUACGUAACAAACUCUUGCCGAAUAUUUAGCACAUCAUGAAAUUUUACUAGUGUCUUAAGCAACUUAAGGAAAUAUUUUUUAAUAUUUUGUUAAAUAAAUUACCUUUUUUGUGUUAGGUUCAUACAAUUGUUCAAACCUUUUUUAGAUUCUUCUUUACUUUUAAUAAAGUUCUCUUUAAUGAUGUCGUAAUGUACAUUUUCUAUGUGUUUAUCACAGUUUUUCGCAUGUUUGCUAAUUUUUGCUUUGCAAUCGUUUAUUUAACAUACAUAGUUAUUAAUAGAAUAAACCAAUGUAGAAAAGUUACGUAUCAAACUAUUUUUUUGGCUUUGGCAUUAUUCAAUGAUAAAUAAAAGUUAAAGAACAAUUAAUUAAAAUAUUAUAAAAUUAAAGGUUGAAAAAAAAUAUGAUCAUAGGUAUUUGAAAUUUGAAAAUCAUAAGUUGUGCAGUUGUUUUAUCGCAUUUUUACUAUCAAACAAAAUAAAGCAUACAGUGUCGCAAAAAAGUAAAAAGUUGACAUUAACUCAGAAAACCAAUGUAAAUUGACGUGUCACAUAGUUAUAUUAUUAUAUUGUUUUUUUCUUUCGGUUACGAUUAAACUGAUAUUAUUAGUAUAGAUUUUGUUUAAUUAUAUUCUAACAUUAUAAUUUUUGUUCAGGUAAGUAUAGGUUUCGAUUUUUGGUUUUUGUAACGGUUAAUUCAGAUUAUACCGAUUACGUUACAUUUGAGUUCAAAGCCCUGAUUAUUAAUUUUUGCAAACUAUAUAUUCUAUCUGAAAUAUUUCUCUAAUCAAAUAAUAAUAUAACAUCAAAUUUGUUACUUUUAAUAUAUAGCCAUCAACAGAGAAAACCAAUUUUUAAUACCUAAAUUAGUUUUCAAAAUAAGAAUAGCAUUUUCAGAAAAUAUUGUCUUAUUUUUGUGUAAGAAAGUCGUUGUAUAAUUUUUUUGUAUGAUUUUUCUAACAAUUAAGAAAAAAUGGGGUGAAAACGUAGGAAAUACGGCAUUUGGAUUUGUUGUUAUUCGGUUAAAAGUUAUUGUAGAGACCUGUAAUUUUUCAAAAUAUUCUAGAAAUGUUUUAGUCUAUUUAUAGGUAUUUAAUAUUUUCGUGUUUUUAUGUUUUUUUAUUUGGUAGAUUUAUGUUAUUAAAGUUAUAGUGGUAUAACUUUAAGUCGUUAAGAAAAAUGUUUGAAAAUAUAAUAUAAGGUACAUUAUAAGUUGUACUUAGUGGUCUAAAAAAACAAUUUUGAUCUUCCAAGGAGUUUUCAUAAUAAUUUGGACAUCCAAAAAAGAUUAAAUAAUAAUAAAGACGAAUCAAUUUAAUGCUUUCAUUAUUUUUAAUUUUUACUGCUAAUGUUUUUUACUAUAAAUAUUGCUUUUUUUAUUAAAUCUUUCAUGUAUUUGAGCAUGUAUGAGCAUGUAGGUAAUUCGUUUUUGAUUUUUUAAAUAGUUUUCAUAAUAAUUAAGAAAAACCGAGAAAAUACGAAAAAUGGAAAUUGAUGAACUUACAGCUCGGCGUUAGGAUUCCAUUAUUUAAAUUUUUUCGGCUUAUGUAUACUACAUGUACAUUUCUACAAUAAAAAUACAUCAUAAGACCUAUUUUAUUGAAUUUUUAAUCUAGUUGGUAAUCAAGUUGAUUUAUUUUCCUUAUAGUUUUUUUUUUAAUGAUCGAGCAAAACCGAAAAAAAAAUCCAUAGAUAGAACAGAAAAAUAAUGCUUUUUUUAUUUCAAUUUUGUGUUUUUUGUAAUUCAAGUUAAUAUUAGUGCGGCAGCGCAAGGUUUUGCGGGACUCUGGGCAAUGUUUUGGUGUAAUUAAUGAUUAUAUACCUGUACAAUAAUAAACCGCAGGGCCCAAUCAAACCAAAACCAGCGUGGAGCCAUGAACUUAUGUCCCAUUUGUCUUGCCUUAGCGCUUACGCUGGAUAUUUUUGCAGAAAACUUAAAUUUACUUUUUCUAGGCGUAAUAAAACUUUCAGAACAUUUGCAAAUUUGUUGAGCUAUUUACCACUAUUCUAAAACCUAAACUUAAAAGUAAAAUAUGUCAAUGGCUUGACAGAAAUCGAAAAUUUCAACACUAAUCUGGAAUAAGUUAAUACUUCCGAGAUGAUGAGUGUACCCACUUAAAUGGAUUACCUGGUAUAGACAUUUUAAUUUUGCGAGUUUUAUAUGUAAUCUUUAUUUGGUAGGUACUGUGUAGAUAAAUUGGUAGACUUAACAGAAAUGUUUGAAAAUUUAACAAGAGGUUCAUUAAAAAUAUACUUUGUGUACACAAAAAAAAAAUUAGUUUAAUAUAGUAUUUUUGUUUUUCAUAUAAGUUUUAAAAUCAAAUUUUGACGAAUAUCCUAAAUAUUACUGCCUUUUAAAACAUGUACAACCAAACUUCACUCCGAAUCGUUUUUCGUUAAAUAAAUUUAUAUAUCCUACCUCCUCGACUUCAUACCUAUAACAGUGGUGCACUCGUCCCUAGUGGCCUGGUUUUAGCUCUUAUUAUUAUUAUAAUUUUGUUAUUUUGAUAUAGGUCAGAAUCCAAACUCAACCAGGUUUUGCUAAUACUUUAAGGGAAGCCUUACCCAAAAUACACCAAUCCGAAGGAUUAAACGGAUUUUACAAAAGCUUGGUUCCACUUUGGAUGAGACAGAUACCUUACACGAUGAUGAAAUUCGCCUGUUUCGAAAAAACUAUCGAGUUGCUGUACAAGUACGUAGAAAUGGUUUUUAUAGAAUUCAGUAGUACUAAUAUUUUUAGAAAAUAUUUUCACUUUGAAUGAGAGUUAAAAAAUUUAGUUUGCUUUAUUUGAAAAUUCAUAUUUUAUACAUGUUCAUGGUAUACACUAUAAGCGGACUGCGAUAACAAUUUAUAAUUUAUUUAAAAUAUUGUUAUAUUAAGUUUGUUAAUAAAAACUGGUAUUUCUUACGAUUAUUAAACAAAUGUAGAUAGUAUUUAUAAAAACAUUGUACUCCUUAAAUGUUUCAUUUAACGCCAAUACACAACGAAAUAGUGAGAUGUAAUCGUCUCAGUUCUCAUCAAAAUAUUUUCAAAUUUUAAAAUAUACGUAACAUCCCGGCGUAGGGAAAGUGGCACGCCCAUCGUCCAGUGCACUCAUAAGUACACUGCAAUAGCCCUACCAUGACCUUGAGUGGUUGUGGUAGUCUGGUCCUCCAGGUUAUACGCAGGGCUAACAACCCUGCCAUGUGAAACCAACCUUGUUCAGGAUACAACAAUAAACUUGCCUCGGAUAUGUGGAGCUUUGGAGAACAAGACUAGAAAACGGAAACCUGACUUAUCUUUUGGAACUUGGAACGUUCGCAUACUUUUCAAACCGGGAGCAGCACAAUGCUUAGUCGAAGAAAUCAGGAGAUAUAAUUUAGGAGUGAUAGCCUUGCAGGAGAUUAGGUGGAAUGACAAAGGUACCUUGGAUCUUCAAGACACGACUAUAUUCUACGGAGAAUGUAUUGAUCGAAGACAAUUUGGAACGGGUUUUGCUAUACACAAAAGUAUAGUUCCUUUGGUAACAGAAUUUAAAAGUACUAACCCUAGGAUAUCAACAUUGAAGAUUAAAGGGAAAUUUUUUGAUAUCACUUUCCUGAAUGGACAUGCACCUACGGAGGAAAAAACGCAAGAGGAAAACGACGAAUUCUACAAUAACUUGGAACACACGCUAAACGAAAUACCACGAAAUAGAAUUAGAAUAGUCCUAGGCGACUUCAAUACCAAGUUAGGGAAGAAGAACAUAUUUCGGUCAUCGAUUGGUAUCCAUAGCCUUCACGAUGUAACUAGUGAGAAUGGACUCAGGCUUAUAGAUGUUGCAAAUGAUGGAGGACUUAUUGUAAAGACCACGAUGUUCCCACGUAAAGAUAUUUAUAAGGGUACAUGGAAGGCACCAAAUGGUAGAUAUGUCAGUCAGAUAGAACAUGUCCUGAUAAAUACUAGGUUCAAAAACUGCGUACAUGAUGUUAAAACUGUAAGAGGUGCUGACUGUGAUUCAGACCACUACCUAGUUAAAGGAAAGCUGAAAGUAAAACUCAAGAAACUAAUCCAUAGUAGAGGAACGUAAGUAGACAGAUCUGAUGUGAAUAUGCUAAAGUACACAAAUAUAUGUGAAAUUUUCAAGCAACAAUGAACAACCUAAACAUAAAUCAAGAAGAGACAAUUGACACUAAGUGGAAAGUGUUAAAGGAUGCCAUAAAUACAGUUACAGAUACAGUAAUAGGAAAACAAAAGAUAACAAGGAAACCGUGGUUCAACGAUUUCUGCAAGGAAGAAUUUAAUAGAAGGAAAGAAGUCAGGACUCAACUGCUCAACGACCCCACUAAUAGAGAGAAAUCUGUGGUAUACAAAGAACGCUAAAAAAAAGCAAAUAAUAUAUUUAGAUAUGAAAAACGGAAAUAUACAAAAGAUGUACUAGAGGAAGCCGAGAUUGAUCAUAGAGUAAAUAAGACUAGACAACUAUACCAGAAGAUAAAUUCAAUUAGAGGAAGUUACAAAAAACAUAAUAAGUUCCUUAAAAAUGACGAUGGUUCUCUAGUAAAAGAACAGGACAAGGUGUUGGAAAAAUGGAAACACUAUUUUGGAUCAUUAAUCAAUUGUGAAUACCCAGUGGAGACAUUUGCAUGGAUGCCAACGGAACCCAAUGACACUGAAUGUCCGCCCCUGAGCAAAGAUGAAAUAAUACAACUUAACAGGCUAAAAAAUCAUAAAACUCCUGGGGAGGACGGAAUCCAAGGAGAAUUCAUAAAAAACCUAGAUGAAUUAACGAUAAAUAAAAUACAUAGUAUUGAGAGCGUUUGGCAUGAAGAAAGACUUCCGAAGGACUAGGGCACUACAUUAAUCUGUCCUAUUCAUAAAAAAAAUGAUCCACAGGAAUGCAAUAAUUAUAGGGGUAUAGCAUUACUAGAUACAACGUACAAAGUUCUAGCAUAUUGUAUACUAGAUAGAGUAAGACCCACAGCAGAGAAUUUACUAGGUGACUAUCAGGGAGGAUUUAGGCCCAAGAAUGACAUCUGAAGAUUUUUUGAACAGCUGUUGGGUUUGGUAGCACUGACUAUUCAAAAACAGGACGUAGUAGAGUUAAAACGGUAGUGGGCGUAAAUCAAGUAGAGUGUACUUUACCUGUGUUUAUCUACUCUACUCUACCGAUUGUUUUUUAUACUCUACUAGCAAUAUCUAUAAGUGUUUACAUUAGGCUAAUAACAGUCAAAUACUAACUCUACCAAAUACUCUUUCAAUGCAAAUCCGACUUAUUGGAAGGUUUUGAUUAUUUUCAAUUUUCAGUUAGAUUUUCCAACUUAACCAAAUUAGAUGAAAUAAAACUAACUGUAACCUCGUUCGUCUGCACACAGAUACGUGGUACCCAAGCCAAGGUCCGAGUGCACAAAGGGCGAACAGUUGCUGGUAACUUUCGGUGCCGGUUAUAUCGCUGGUGUGUUCUGCGCCAUCGUUUCUCAUCCGGCCGACACGCUCGUUUCCAAACUAAACCAAGCUAAGGGCGCCUCCACUGGUGAAAUUAUCAAGAAAAUUGGAUUUAUGGGUGAGAAAGUUAUCCCGAUUAUAUAUUAUAGUAUUUCCUUUGGUGCAAAUCAAAAUCGAAAUAAUAACUGACUAAACUAACUUACCCGAUUGAAAAACGAAAGAGUAAUAAUAAGUUACAUAAAAAAAAUUAGAUAAUAUUCUGUUAGUUCAUAAAUAUGUAAUAUUAAUUACGCACUGAGGUUUUUUAUUUUACAUAUCCUAUUAAUAUUAUAAAUGUGAAAGUUUAUGAGGAUGUUUGUUACUUUUUCAUGGAAAAACUACUGAACUCUCUUUGAUGUAUUUUGAUAUAGAGAUAGAUGUAACCCUGAAGAAAAAUAUAGGCUACUUUUUAUUGAAAAAAUAUUCGUAUAAUACACUAGAACACUUUUAGUCCGCGGACUGCCAACUUUCCAACUACUUUUUUUAGUUCAAUAUAUUAAUACGAACAAAGAAAAACGGAAAUAAAGGUAAAAAGAAUAAGAAAUUAACAAGGGCAACGCCGAGCACGAGGCAGCUAUAGUAAGUAUAUAAAUGCAUGUGUAAUUAUAGUAUUUGUUUCAUACUCGACAUUUUAUUGGGCUUUACAGUGGUCCAGAAUAUUUUAUUACAAGUUAGUUAAAAUCUCAAAACCAAAAAUAACUAAUGUUGUCUACUAUUUAAAAAUGUAGGUAAAUUUAAUAUUCAAAAUCAAUUUAAAUUCCAAUUUAUGUAUUCAAUUGACACAAACAAAUGGAAAUUAAAUUGUUUCAUUAACUAUUUAGUUUUUUGGCACACUGUGGGCUCAAAACUGUCGAUUCAACAGUGCAGUGUUUAUAUGAAGUGGUGAAAUUUGUAGUACCUACGAAACAAAUUAUUCUUACGCGUGUAUUUAUAAGUAUUUGUUUAAUACUCAGUCCACAGUUAAUAUUAUAUUUUUUUUAAAAUCAACCGAAUAUUAUCUAAUAAUGAUUAACUUAACUAUUACUUUUCGAAUUGUAUAAUUUUUUAGUCGGCUCGUAUAGAUUUUAAAUUUAAAUGAAUAGUUGAAAUUGUAUAAUGACAAUACCGCUAUGGUAUUACACUCGUUAUAUACGUAGGUGAUGUAAAUUCAUUCAAUUCUUUAAUUGCACAUUAUACUUACAGUAAUAUUGUUUUUUUUUACGCGUAUAAUAUUAGUAUUAAUAAUAAUUAACUAAGUUACCGACGUAAAAGGAAACACAAUAAAUAAUCAUCGUUUCCACUAAGCACGCUGCUUGUUUUGAAAAGAUUUUAUACGUCACGAAAAGUAAAAUAUUAUAGAGGACAUAGAUAUUAUACUUUAAUUUGGGAAAUAAAUAUUCAGUCAUUUUGAGUUAUUAUUAGGUAUAUUUUGUAUACUGUUUGAAAACUAAAAAGUUCAGAAUAACGCGUACAAAAUGUACAUACAACCAGGACGUUGUUAAAUAAAAUAAUAUCUGUAAACUUUGUAAACAAUUUGCAAGUUUAAUUAAAAGUAGUUACGAUUAAUUAAUAUAAUACCGUAAAAUAUUAGUAAAUCAUUACAAGUCUGGCUAAUGACCAUUGGUCGAUAUAUUACGGAUGUUAUAAAAUACGAAAAAAUAAUUUGUUCGAUUUAAAAUUGGUAAAUGUUUAACAUUUUCCUCUCCCCAAAUUAUAUUUGAAGGUUUUUGCUAUUACAUUGUAUUUUAUUUUCUGGAACUUUACUAAUUAUUAGUAAUUUUACUGUAUCUGUAUAAACAGGACUAUGGCAAGGACUUGGACCUAGAAUUGUAAUGGUCGGAACUUUGACGGCGGCUCAGUGGUUUAUCUACGAUGCGGUUAAGGUCGCUUUCAGGUUACCCAGGCCACCGCCACCAGAAAUGCCGGAGUCACUCAAGAAGAAGUUGGCGCAAUAAUAACCAACAUCGUUAUUACGAAGACCACCUCUAUUAUAGACAAUAUUAUAAAUUAUUAUUUUACAAAAUAUACUAUACUUAGUUGUUUGAAAUAAAUGUUUACUUAUUGGUUUGGGCUUAUAUUAUGGAUGUACACGUCAAUAGAAGAUUAAAAUAUUCUUAGGGUACAAUAUUUUGGCGUGUCAUAUAAU